CAUCAAACCUGGGUUGUCAACAUUUCUUGUGUUGUUUUUCUGGCAAAGUGAUUCAAGUCUGUAUGUAGCUAUGUUUUGAUUCUCUGGCAAUGUUUGUUUACAUUUAUAGCUACCAUUAUGGUUUCUACAAGGUAAAAAGUUGUACUGCGCUGUAAAAAACCUGCUGUUAAGGCUUUUUACCCAAUCAGCGCUGCAGAUUUCCUGUAUAAACUGGUUGAAAAUAGCUAUCAGUUAAUAACAGUUCAUAUUUGUUAUUUUAGCUGUAUAUAACUAUUUAAAAAUGGUUUCUGUGCAUGACCAAUAUGAUUUUUUAUACAAGAUUGUUCUGACAGGAGACUCUGGUGUUGGAAAAUCGUGUUUACUUUCACGUUUUACACGUAACGAGUUUGAUGCAGAAUCAAAAUCUACCAUUGGUGUUGAAUUUGCCACCAGAAGCAUAAAGAUUGGUGGGAAAACAAUCAAAGCGCAGGUGUGGGACACUGCCGGCCAAGAGAGAUACAGAGCGAUUACAAGUGCGUACUAUAGAGGAGCUGUUGGUGCGUUAAUCACAUAUGAUAUUUCAAAACUGAGAAGUUUCAAUAACAUUGAACGUUGGUUGAUGGAGUUGCGUGAGCAUGCUGAAGAAGAUAUUAUUGUUAUGUUAGUUGGCAAUAAAAUUGAUUUAAAGCAUCUUAGAGCAGUUAAUACUGAAGAUGCUCAAGAAUUUGCUGACCAGCACAAGAUGAUGUUUAUAGAAACAUCAGCAUUGGAUUCCACCAACGUUGAGGAAGCAUUUAAUUCUACGAUAAGAAAAGUACACGAGAUUCAGCUGAGCAAGAUGAAGGAGCAAGUCCCACAUACGAGAACAACAGACGAGAAAGUUGAACUGAAGACAGAGUUGAACCAAACGAAAUCAUGCUGUUAGAUGAACUGCAACUUCUUUUAUUCUUUAGAAAUAUUUUAAAAAAACCAAAGAUGUUUAUGUAUAUAUAGUUAGUUGGUAUAUUGUAUUUUGACAUUUUAUAGACCUUUAUAUAUAUUUUUCUUUCAAAAUUUAAAAUUUAAAAAUUAGUGUGUAUAGAAUUAGUCUUUACAAAACAUUUUUUACAAUUUUCAUAUAGGUUUGUAUACCAUUUUAUAAAGUUAUUAUUAUUCUUAUCUAGGUCUCCUUUUUAAACCCCAAAGAGAAACUUUCAGCCAAAAGUUUUUAAUGAUCUUAUUCAUUUUUUUUAAUAUAUAUUUACUGCAUGAUUAAAAACUUAAAUGUAAUAUAUCCAUUUAUAGAAAUAUAAAAUCUGUGUAAUUUGAAUUUUUUAUGCAUAAUAUGUAGGAGAUAUUUUGUACUAUGUUGGAAUUGUUUAUACUUGAUAAGAAAUUUUCUU